ACCAUGUAUAUUCUUUGGUGUCAAUGCCAACGUGACAUCUUAUCUGCACACCUAGCAUAUGCGCCUCGGAAGCACAGUGCUGCAGCAGGUAUGCAAAGUGGAAGGUUUUGCGUCUCUUUGGAGUGGUGGGAAGAUGUCCACCUUGUGGCGGAUAAUUUUAGACAGAUCUGUGCAAAACAAGUUUUAUACCUCACUUCCGUGUAUCACAUUGUUACCUGAGGGACAGGUUGAAAAGAGGAUAAAUAGACCUAGGAUACGCCGCCAUCACUCGCAUUUCCCCUCAUUGCGGUAUUGGCCAGAGCUCUGCGUAGUUUGCGAGGGAACACAGGUAGGGAUGCCAGGAAAACUGACUUAAAAGUCACGCCUAUUCCUUGUGCUGGCAAGUCAAGUCUGGACGCUAUGUGACU